GGAGGGCGGAAGUGGGAAGGGGAAAGGGGUUGAAGUGGAAUGCGGGUGGAAGGGAUGCCACGCCUUAAAAAAGAAAAACUGCAAUGUAGAGGGUUCUAUAGUAUGCAUAGUUGCAGCUGUGUAAUGUAAAUAUGUCAAUAAAAAAAAGUAGAAUUUAACUCGUGCGUUAUUAGCUACAACCUAAGUCUAUCAAUCGGUUUUAACAUGUCCCUUAUGUUAUUUUGGUUUAUAGUAUUUUCUAUUUUGGUUGUAUCAUCGAAUGGAAAGUCGGAAGGACAGAAAUGCUUAACAGACAAAAAGUUGAUUAAUGGAUGUAGCAUUCCUUGGGGAAUAUCAUUUCCGUAUAAGGAGUUUUUUGAUCCUGCUUGUGAGAGACACGAUAUUUGUUACUCCUGUGGAAGCUUAUAUGGCUGGAAGAGGGCUGAUUGUGAUAGCGGACUUAAAGACCAUAUGAAGUUCCUUUGUUACCUAAAAGAACACAGUAAAAGUGUAACGCCAGGGUAUUCUUGGGAAAAAUUUAAAAAUUUUUUAAAAAUGGUCAAAGGAACUUUCUUAGUUGGAGCAGGAAUGGCAAAAUGGCUGGCGUUGAAGACCGGAUCUCUAAAACAUUGUCUGAAUGGAGUUGAGAUUUAUUACAACGCUGUGUCAAAUUUCGGAAUGAAAGAUUUUGAGAUCGAUAACCCUAUUGCAGAUUGCAAGCUUCCAUGUGCCAAGCUAUUGGCUGAUCCAACACGUGGUUUGAACGACACGGCAGUCUGAGUAGUAAAAUGUAACGUUCUUCUUGGCUAAUGUAACGCAAAAUAUAUAUUGCAUUGAA